AUGAAGGCUCAUGACAGUCACGUCUGUUUGUUCCAGACCCUUACUGAACACCCCAUUAAAGACAAGGCAGAGGACAAAGUCUACUUCUGGGGAAACCCUGACAAAAGAGGGACAGUUCAGGUUGCUGGUUCUGCUGAGCCCAUUGUGGCCUUAGUUGGCGACGACGUCAUCCUGCCCUGCACCCUGAGACCCACCGUUAGCGCUGUGUAUCAGACAGUAGAAUGGCAGAGACCUGACCUAAAACCAAAAGAGGUGCAUCUUUACAGAGAUGAGAAGGACGACCUUGCGCUCCAGAAUCCAUCAUUCGGGGGAAGGACGUCACUGUUUAAAGAAGAACUAGAGGAAGGCAACGCUGGUUUAAAGCUGACCAGAGUGGAACUCUCUGAUGCUGGAAACUACACCUGUUACAUUCCACUGUUGGACCACCAGAAAACCACCAUUCAACUCAUUGUUGGUGCAGCGUCUCGACCAGUAAUCUCCAUUGAAGGAAUCAAAGGUGAUGAGGUGGUCCUGCGCUGUGAGGCUGAAGGCUGCUACCCAGAGCCUGUCAUGGAGUGGUGUGACGUUCAUGGACGUGUCCUCCCUGCUGCUGGACCUCCAGAGACAUCCAGAGACCGUGAAGGCAGCUACACUGUGACAAGCCAUGUCAACGUCCCGAAAACGGACAACAACACGUUCACGUGUCGGGUUCAACAGCCGGAGAUCAAACACAUGAAGGAGAGACGGGUUCAUAUUCCAGAUCAAAUGUUUCCUACGCAGUGCCAGUCCUUGUGGCUGACAGUUCCUGUUGCAGUUGGAGUCACAGCUCUUGUUGGAGUUGGAGGUCUCUACCUGUUGAUAAGAAAAGGGAUAUUGACCAUCAGCAUGGAACCUUGGACGUCAGUAAUGCAGAACCCUUAAUGAAGAAGAACAAGGAGACGACGAAGAAUGAGGAAGAUGAGGCCGGUGAACCUAGUCUG